ACGCGCUCCCUCCUGCUGCUCCGGAGGAGGCAGGCCGGUGUUUUUCCACUGCCGUGGAUGUCUCAUGUCCCCCCGGUUCGAGAGACAAAGGUCAGGAAAGAGAGCUUUAUAAACGGGCUGAAAGACGCGAGCUCCAGCCCCCCUCCAGUCGCUCUCGCGGACACGGACACGACGAGACGUAUCCGACCCCAAAUAAAGAAGGGGACCCCCCCCGCGCGCUCGAAAAGGACAUUUAAACAAGAAAAAAAGGACAACAUUAAUACACAACAUCACGUCCACGGAGCAGAAUGGCUCAGAAAGAGAAACUCCAGUGCCUGAAGGACUUCCACAAGGACACCCUGAAGCCGUCUCCGGGUAAAAGCCCCGGCACCCGGCCCGAAGACGAGGCCGAGGGCAAACAUCCGCAGAGGGAGAAGUGGGCCAGCAAGUUGGACUUUGUUCUGUCCGUCGCCGGCGGCUUCGUCGGUUUAGGGAACGUCUGGCGUUUCCCGUACCUCUGCUACAAGAACGGUGGAGGUGCAUUUCUCAUCCCCUACUUCAUCUUCCUGUUUGGCGGAGGUCUGCCGGUCUUCUUCCUGGAGGUCUCCCUGGGUCAGUUCACCUCUGAGGGCGGCAUCACCUGCUGGGAGAAGCUGUGCCCCAUCUUCACCGGUAUUGGUUACGCCUCCAUUGUGAUCGUGUCCCUGCUGAAUAUCUACUACAUCGUCAUCCUGGCUUGGGGCCUCUACUACCUGUUCCAGUGUUUCCAGCCGGAGCUGCCCUGGGCCAAGUGCAACCAGCCCUGGAACACGGACCGCUGCAUCGAGGACACCUUCCGCAAGAACAAAUCCUUCUGGCUGGCCGCCAACGCCUCCAACUUCACCUCCCCCGUCACCGAGUUCUGGGAACACAACGUGCUCGGCAUCUCCGACGGCAUCGACGACAUCGGACCCAUCAAGUGGGACCUGGCUCUGUGCUUGCUGCUCGUCUGGGUCAUCUGCUUCUUCUGCAUCUGGAAGGGCGUCAAGACCACCGGCAAGGUGGUCUACAUCACGGCCACGUUCCCAUUCGUCAUGCUCAUCGUGCUGCUGAUUCGGGGCGUGACGCUGCCGGGCGCGUCCGCGGGCAUCAUGUUCUACCUGUACCCUGACCUCGAACGUCUGAAGGACCCAGAGGUAUGGAUCGACGCCGGCACCCAGAUCUUCUUCUCCUACGCCAUCUGUUUGGGCGCCAUGACUUCCUUGGGGAGCUACAACAAGUACAAAUACAACUGCUACAGGGACUGUUUGCUGCUGGGAGCCCUCAACAGUGGUACCAGUUUUGUGUCUGGCUUCGCAAUAUUUUCCGUCCUGGGCUUCAUGGCACAAGAGCAAGGGGUGGACAUUGCUGAUGUGGCAGAGUCAGGUCCUGGCCUGGCGUUCAUUGCCUACCCCAAGGCGGUGUCCAUGAUGCCUUUCCCCACAGUCUGGGCUGUGCUCUUCUUCAUUAUGCUGCUGCUGCUGGGCCUCGACAGUCAGUUCGUGGAGGUGGAAGGGCAGAUCACAUCACUGGUGGAUCUGUAUCCGUCCUUCCUAAGGAAGGGUUACCGCAGAGAGAUCUUCAUCGCUAUCAUCUGCAGCAUCAGCUACCUGCUUGGACUCACCAUGGUUACCAAGGGUGGCAUGUAUGUUUUCCAGCUGUUUGAUUACUAUGCAGCUAGCGGUGUGUGCCUUCUGUGGGUGGCAUUCUUUGAAUGUAUAGCUGUUGCCUGGGUUUAUGGCGCUGAUAAUUAUUACGAUGCUCUUGAGGACAUGCUGGGCUACAGACCAAACGCCUGGAUGAAGUGGAGCUGGACCAUCAUCACUCCUUUGCUGUGCAUGGGCUGCUUCGUCUUCUCCCUGGUGAAGUACAAGCCGCUGACCUACAACAAGGUCUACGAGUACCCGGACUGGGCCAUCGGACUCGGGUGGACUCUGGCCUUGACCUCCAUGAUCUGCAUCCCCAUGGUGGUGGUCAUCAAGAUCCUCCGGUCCGACGGGCCGCUCAUUGAGCGGAUCAAGGCGGUGGCAGCCCCGAUUAGGGGCGGGGCCAGCUCCCGCCCGGCGGACCACCGCGGCCUCAAGGAGCUGUCCUACCCUCUGGACCCCAACGGGAACAAGGGCCCCCUGAUGAAGGCGCCCACCCACACCAUCGUAGAAACCAUGAUGUAAAGGAAGGAGGCUCUCCAUGAGACGCCCUCCUCCUCUCCUCCUCCUCCUCUCCUCUAAAGCGAGCUAGUCUUUCUGUCUUUCUGUCUAUCUGUCUGUCUGGUGGACUGAUCAGGGUUUUAAGGAAGGGAAGAAAAUAAUAAUAAGGAGUUCCCGUUUCAGAUCUUGUAUGAAUCCUUAGGAGGGCAGCGAUCACAUCUCAACUCUAUUUGUAAUUUAGUCCUCUGGUCACAUGAACGCUGGUGGAUUCAUGUUCGCUGUGCCAGCUGCUUCAUGCAGAACACCAGCCAUAGUUAUGAGAAAGAGAAGAAGAAGAAGAAGGAGAAGGAGAAGGAGAAGGAGAAGGAGAAGAUUAUUGAGUCUUGGAAUCAAACAGAAUGUUGUAGCCACAAAAUGACAAACAAACAACUCCCACAUUGAUCACAGAUCACCAAAAUAAGGUUUUUAUUGGGGGCUGUUCUUGGAAUAUAUAUAUAUAUAUAUAUAUAUAUAUAUAUAUAUAUAUAUAAAAUGAAGACUUUUCUGAGGGUCAUUCUGUGUUCAGGAGGCCCGAUUGAGACGAGGUAGAAGAUCGAGGCACUGCAGGUACAGCACCAUUCAUUUAAAACAACAACAACAACAACAACAAACACGUUUCUCAUCCACAAACAUAAUAUUCGAUGAUAUUCCAGCUGUAGAAAUAUGACCAAAUCAAAUCUCAGUAUUCUCAUUUCAUUGCCCGGUGCAGCUAAACAAGCUGCACCCCGCCCCCCCCCCCCCCAUCAAGCCAGGAUCCUGGGUUUUAUUAAUUUUGUAUUUUUUUAAUGCACCUUAGCUCAAAUAGCCCCCAUAUCUCCCAUAGCCUGAGACUAUGGGCCCGGUGAGAGAAGCUGAGCACUGAAAGCCGCCGGUGCACAACGAGGAACCUGAAAGGAGUUGAAGUGGAGAACCCUGCAGUGUGUUGUGUGUGGCGUACUGUACAGUAGUAGCUAAUCAGUCUAUCUAUAUCUAUCUAUCUAUCUCUGUCCUAGACCCGUUUACAGUACGUUAGUGACUGCACUAGGCACUCUUGGCUUACAAUUUUGGAUUGGAUUUAAUUUUUUUUUUUUUCUACAGAGGGAGUUACAUUAUUAUUAGUUUUUUCCUCUGUGAAUGUUUAUUUUUUUUUUACAUUUUAUUUUAUUAAGACUAUAAUAUUAUUGUUAUUCACUAUUGAUGAUAAUUGCUGUAGUUUUACAUAGAAGAAGGAACGCUUGUGAAAAAUAUCUGGGUGAAAAAAUAUUAAGCUAUUAUACAAAUCAUAUACAUUUUUUUACGGUGGCGGCCAUUGUAGCGAUAAUCCUCGUUCGCCUCGGCCAAUGAGAUUCCGUCUUUUAGCGUUACACAAACAAACAAUGCAACGGUUUUUAAUUUCGGGUUCAAACAUUCGGCGAGCGGUUCAAUGUACAGUAAAAAAAAACCCGGAAAAGGGGGAUUCUACAAUGGUCGGUAGGUGUUGGGGGGUUUAUAGCUUUCCCCUCUUCUGUAAAUACCAGGGGACUGUGUUUUCAUUUGGAGGAAACUCUUCCAGGCGGCACUGUAGGAAACGGUCGAAACGACACGUCAAUGACCCCAACGCACGUCAAUGACCCCAACGCACGUCAAUGACCCCAACGCACGUCAAUGACCCCAACGCAAAAGGGGUCAAGCUCCGGAUCGGAGCCGGUUUUGGGCACUUUUCUUAUUUCCCCCCCCACCGUCACCGCGUCGCUCCAGGAAACGAGAGCCGAGAAGCUAAACGGGGAACCUCGAAGCAAUCCAAAAUGGCGUAAUAAUAACACCUGAGAAGUGGGCGGGGAAUUAAAGGGGCGUGUCUCAUCGUCAUCGGGGACCGUCCAAUCGAGAACUCGUUGCGCGACGUCGAAAAACGGUAAAUUAAAACAACGUUGGCGAACGUCCAAAUAAUUGAAACUUGAAACGUCGCGUUGAGUCUCGAGACUCGGCCUGAAAUUCAAAUUACGCCUAAAACCAAAGACACGAAGAGAAUAGAAAACUAACUUCUGACGGAAUAUAUUAGCGAAUUAAAGCUGUGAAAUUAGGCGCUACGUGAGAUGUGUUGAACGCACGACGCGGUUUGAAUGACUGAGGAGGAGGAGGAGGACGCUGUUCACUUUAACGUGACGAAGGUUCAUCCACUCAGGACUUUGACCCAGCGGCGUGAACAUCGGACUCAUGACUGGUGGACAAAGACAUUUAACGGUAGCAAUUUAAAGUGUUAGUGUCCAUCUUGAAAGGCCAUUGGAUAUAUAUUUAUUUAUAUAUAUAUUUAAAUAUAUAUAAAUAUAUUGAUAUAUAUAUAAAUAUAUUUAUAUAUAUAUAUAUUUAUAUAUUUAUAUCACACCUUUACUGCCUAUGUAAUCCACAAUCGAAGGCAAAUAAAAUACAGAAAGAGUGAGUCAAUGUGAGAUGUUAUCGCACCUUAUUUGUAUGAUUUGGACUUUCAUGUGAAAUGAUGAGGCCAAAAGAAAAACACUGCCAUCUUUUUAUUCAGGGUCCUCAUUGGCCGCUAUUUAUAUAUAUAUAUAUAUAUAUAUAUAUAUAUAUAUAUAUAUAUAUAUAUAUAUAUAUAUAUAUAUACGUUAGAAAAAUAAAUCUGGAUUACGGUCAAAAUAAAAACCUUCUGUUUUCCGAGAAGCACAAAAGCGGACACAUUAAAAUAGAUCAAAAUGAUAUGAAAGGAAUCUGAACUACGCCGUCACACCGGAAGUGAAAUCAGGGCAUCGCUUCGUCCGUCACCUUAAAGCUUUGACCAUUUAUUGUUUUAGUUUAUUAUUAUUUUUCGUCCGUUUUUAAUUCAUUUUCUUCAACUAGAAUAAAGUAGUUAAUAUCAUUGAAAAGGGAUUUGCAAAACCAAAUCCACAGCAGACAUCUAUUUUCAUACGGUAACAAACCUUUUCCUAUAUAAGUCGUCUUUGUACAGCUCAGCUCCCGUUGCAGACCCCCCCAUUUUAAUACCCACACAAAGCUUUGUUUUAAUGUUCAACUUUUUGUACAGAUCUGGUCCCCCCGAACCUCUAGAAGGAUCUUUGCACCCGGGCGAAAAAUGUGUAUAAUAACAAUAAAUGUGUGAGAUAAACAUUCACCAUUUUGUCUACAUGGUGCAUCUCUUAAAUCGUUGCUGAGAUGCACAAAAUGGAAGAAAAAAAACACGUUUUAUUAAGUGGGGACCACAAGAAAUCGAAAAUUUAAAAAUGUGUUGCAAAUAGACACAAGAAAUUUGAAAUUUGAAACCGUCGCGCCGAGAUCCUUCUCGUGGUCGGGAAGCACGGACCAGAAUGAAUAACUAAUGCAGUCGUUUAUUGGUUUAUGUAUAUUUAUGUGCCAGCUCCUCUGCCUUCUUUACACUCCCCUUCAGUUAGUGAACCUUCCUCUGGCCGAAGCUAACCGUUGGUUUUUUUUUUCCGAACUUGCAGGAGAAUCGAAAAUCAUUAGCGACGCACAAAGUUUUUACCGCCGAAUGUCGAAAUGUGAAAAAAGAAAGUCGCCCGUCGGGUGAUUUGUAAAAGUUUCUGAAGAUCUAUUUUUUAGGGUUAAAACAAAAGAAUUAGUUUCCUCUUUUUUUUUUUAUUAUCUUGUUUCAUUGCAGUUUUUCUUUUUCUUUUUUUUUUUAUUUAAUUUUUGAUUGUGUGUGUCUGUCACAUUUUUGCCUUUUUGUAUUCCAAAUAUAGUGUAUUUGAACCUCUGUCACCGGAGUCACGUGCACAACUAUCAAUCAAAAAAACAAACAAGCAAACGAAAAAACACAAAAAACAACAACAAAAAUAGCUACGAUUUGUUACGUGCAAUACUUUGUAGAAUACUUUUAUUUUUCUCGCUGUUUUUUCCAAAAGGUUAGUACCGACUUUUGAAAAGAAGAAGAAAAACACCAACAAACACGACUUCUUGAUGAAUAAAAUUAAAGUUGAAUUAAAAACCGGCCACAAAAAGCUCCGCAGUGAGCAACUCAAACCCAACUGAACCACUACUCCAUCAGAGAUGUCUUGGUUUUGAAAUGCACUGAUAAUGUUGAUGAUGACGACUAAAAAAACUGUUGCGACAUCAGAUUGAAUUUCUUAGCAAAAUCGUAUUUUUUUAUUUCUUUGUGACAGACUGCUAAACGUUUGAGAGGGUAUGAAACACAGUUACACUGCCACUAAGCCGCCAUCUUUACCCUGCUUUCUCUAAAUCAAUACGGCAGCUUUUCCAAAAAGAAGCACCAACGUUCACCGUUUCCGAUCAUCGACACAUCGGUACCAGUGUCCUCAAAAGGGCACAGAGUCCAAUCAGCUCGUGGCUUUUGGGAAGCCCCGCCCCUCGGCGGAAAAUGCAGUAAAUCCAAUAUUAAAAAAAACAAACAGAUUGAACCAUAUCAAAUGUGGGCUUUUCUUUUUUUAAACCAUGUAUGCAAUUAUUACAUUCUGCUUAUUCCGACAUUUCUAAAUCCAACUCGCCCCCCCCCCCCCGGCCUUAGUGCUUUAUCAAAGAAACCGAAGAACCAAACUACAUCCACGCAGGAACAUAUGACUCAAUUAAAAAUAAUAAUAAUCCCACGUUGCCUACAUCGUCACCACCAUAUCUGCAGGUUUUCAUAAUCUAAAUCUUCUGCGAUAGAGACGCGACCUUUAGGCCACGCGGACGCGACCUUCGGGCACCGUAGAGUUGACCUUUAGGCCACGCGGACGUGACCUUCGGGCUCCGUAGAGUUGACCUUUAGGCCACGCGGACGUGACCUUCGGGCUCCGUAGAGGUGACCUUUAGGCCACGCGGACGUGACCUUCGGGCUCCGUAGAGGUGACCUUUAGGCCACACGGACGUGACCUUCGGGCUCCGUAGAGGUGAAAUCUGUUUUUAAUCACUGAAUUCGCCGUGACCGCGAUGCGGCGAGAGGAAGAUGAACGGAGCUCCAUUUCGUUUUUAUUAAAAACAUCCAACCAGAGGACCGUAGUUAUCAUCUAACCUAUUUAAAUUGUUUUGGCAUUUUUAGCUUUCCUUUCCUUUUUCCUUAAUAAACACCGAUCUAAGCGCCGAGUCCUCUGGGAAAUGGAGUCUCUCUCCUCCCACUCGUCCUCCGGACUCACUCUGAAUAUUGUUUCCGAUGUCUUUCCUGCAUUAUACUGUCUGCCAGCCCCCUUUUCCCUUUUUUUUUAAAGGAAUGUACAUGAGAAAAAUGUUUUCUUUUAAUUUCUUUCUGAAGAAAAAAAAACAUUUAAAAAAAAAAAAAGAAUUUGAAAGGUUUUAUUUUUUAUUUCUAUGGCCAACCUGUAAGCUAGGUAAAAAAAAAAAAUAAUACAAAAAAAUAUGUGUUUUGAACGGGUUUUACAAAAAGGUGUAAAACUUUUUUUAUUUCUUAAUAAAAAAACUUGUCUUCUGAAA